AUGAACAGCUGCCACGGCUCAGCCCGCUGGUCCUCUUCUGACAUCCCGGCCAGUCGAGGGAGUUUGCUUACUGCACAUUGCAUAGACUACCCUGAGGGCUUCAUCCUUAGGUGGGACUUGUGCAAGCAACCAGACCGGUACAUCCUCAUGGAUGACUAUGCAGGAGCAGGCAAUAAAUCUUUGCUCCUUAAUAUGUUAUGCUUAAAGUGUGCAGAUGCCCCCUGUCAGAAGAGUUGCCCAACUAAUCUGGACAUCAAGUCGUUCAUCACAAGCAUUGCAAACAAGAACUACUAUGGAGCUGCCAAAAUGAUUCUUUCUGACAAUCCACUUGGCCUGACAUGCGGCAUGGUGUGUCCAACAUCAGAUCUCUGUGUUGGUGGCUGCAAUUUGUAUGCCACUGAGGAGGGACCAAUUAAUAUUGGUGGAUUGCAGCAGUUUGCUACUGAGGUGUUCAAAGCUAUGAAUAUUCCUCAGAUCAGAAACCCUUCCUUACCUCCUCUAGAAGAUAUGCCUGCAGCCUAUCACGUGAAGAUAGCUCUCCUUGGCGCAGGACCUGCAAGUUUAAGUUGUGCUUCCUUUUUGGCUCGAUUGGGCUAUUCGAACAUCACCAUAUUUGAAAAGCAGGAGUACGUUGGUGGCUUAAGCUGGAAGUAUUUCACAGGCAUUUUUAUUUAUUUCAGUACGUCUGAAAUCCCCCAGUUCCGAUUGCCAUAUGAUGUGGUGAAUUUUGAAGCUGAGCUUAUGAAGGAUCUUGGAGUGAAGAUAAUUUUUAGGAAAGGCCUCGCCGUGGAUGGAAUGACACUCCGUACCUUGAAAGAAGAUGGCUACGAAGCGGUCUUUAUUGGAAUAG